AUGAAGGCCGACAGUCUACUCGUAGCAGCCUCGCUGCUGAGCUCCACCACCGCGAGAGCUGUUAUGGGCGAUAACACCCUCAGCGAACGAGACCCAACGAACCGAUUAGUCUUUGCGCAUUUUAUGAUGGGUACGGUCAGCAACCGCCAAAGUGCCUCCGACUACGACGAUGAUAUGAAAAGCGCCAAAGCACUGGGGAUCGACGCCUUUGCCUUGAAUAUCGGAACCGAUGACUACACCAACAACCAGCUGGACUAUGCCUACGAGUCAGCCGCCAAUAAUAAUAUGAAGGUCUUCAUCUCCUUCGACUUCAACUGGUGGAGAACCGACCAGGCUAGCCAGGUGGGCCAAACGAUUGUCGACUACGCGGGUAAACCAGGCCAGCUCAUUGUUGACAACAAGCCCUUCGUUUCGUCCUUUUCCGGCGACGGUCUGGACGUUGGAGCCGUGCGCCAUGCUGCGGGCCAGGAGAUCUUCUUUGCCCCCAACUUCAAUCCUGCCGCUGGGACUGACGUAACCGCGGUGGAUGGUCUGCUGAACUGGAUUGCAUGGCCCAACAAUGGUAACAACAAAGCUCCCACUGCGGGGGAGAGUGUGUCGGUAUCCGAUGGAGACAAGCAAUAUGUCUCGACCCUUGGGGACAAGGCGUACAUCGCUCCAGCAUCACCCUGGUUCUUCACUCACUAUGGUUCCGAGGUAAGCUACAGCAAGAACUUUGUCUUGCCAUCCGACACCCUCUGGUAUGAUCGAUGGAAUGAGAUCCUCACCCUGGGUCCUCGCUUCGUGGAGAUCAUCACCUGGAACGACUACGGCGAGUCGCACUACGUCGGGCCCCUGAGCUCACACACAGACGACGGCAACUCCAAAUGGGUGAACGACAUGCCCCACGAAGGAUGGCUCGACCUCUCCAAGCCCUACAUCGCCGCCUUUAAAGCCGGCGACACCUCCGUAGACAAACACAUCACCGAGGAUAAGCUGAUCUACUGGUACCGACCUGCACAUCGCAACACUAACUGCGACACCACCGACACCUGCAUGGAGCCUGCAGAUAACUCCAGCGGAAACUACUUCAUUGGUCGCCCUAAUGGCUGGGAUUCCAUGGAAGAUUCCGUUUUCGUCGUCUCCCUUCUGACCUCCCCUGCAACGGUGCAGCUGAGCUCGGGUGAGAACUCCAGAUCUUUCGAGGCUCCGGCUGGCGCAUCGUCCUUUAAAGUGGACAUGGGGGUGGGAAAGCAAAAGUUCUCGGCGGUACGGGACGGAAAAGAGGUUCUUUCGGGCACAAGUCUUAAGGAUGUUGUGGAGGGAUGUGCGUGUGGAUUCUAUAACUUCAAUGCUUAUGUUGGUACUCUUCCAGCUGGAGAUAUCAGCUCGUUACAGCCAGAGGCUCUGUCCUCGUUCUCGAAGGGUCUGAAGCGUGGUACAUGCCAGGCUCCACCCUCGGUUGUGUCGUCGACCCCUGCGGCUACGCCUUAG